AUGCGAAAAGUCUCUCUGGCAACUAAGAAUCCCAGGGAAGGAACCCUCAGACCUUCCUGGGAAGGACCUUACGAGAUCAUCGGCAUCCAGCGUUCGGGAACUUAUCGACUCAGGGACUCCAACGGAAAGACCCUCGGGAACGUAGAGCAUUUGAAAUAUUAUUUUAAGUGUAGUCACCUAGCCUACAGCAGGAUAAAAGUGUAG